AUUUAAUGUCGGUGCAGUAUUCUGUAAAGCUGGCUUUAUUACUACAAUUUAAACUUAAGGAAAGAAGAAGAUCGGUCCUUUCACAAUUUCUUUCAUCCUACAUUAAGCUGCUGUUGGCUUAUGGUCAUUAAAUUUAUAUCAUUUACUUAAAAAACGAACUUUAUAACCCUACAAGAAAAAAUGUCAGCUCAUGAUGCAGGUUCUGUUUGGCUAAACAAAAGAAUAUAUGAAGAUGCCGAAAUACAGCAUUACGAAAAUUUGGCAAAAGCAGCUCUAACUCCUUUGGCUGGUGAAGUAGCAAAAGCUAGGCAACGUUUGAUCGAAAGUAGGGACACUUUUACUGCAAAUAUAGAAUCAAUUGAUACUGGAGCUAUUAAAUUUAUGGAGAAGAAAAUUGUAGAAUUUGGAAAAUCUAUUGAUGCUAUCCUUAAACUAUUGAAAAGUUUGGAUGCACGUGUAGUUUCUUUAGAGAAAUCAAAUAAUCAGGACAAAACUGUAAACGCAAUUAACGUAGCAUCGGUACACAAACAAACUCAAAAACAUGCAGAUGAAGAAGAAAAUGAUGAUGAUGUAGAUCUUUUUGGUUCUGAAUCAGAAGAUGAUGAAGCUGCUGCCCAAGUUAGAGAAGAGAGACUUAAGGCUUAUGAAGCCAAAAAAUCCAAAAAACCUGCCCUUAUUGCAAAAUCAAAUGUUAUUUUGGAUAUAAAACCAUGGGAUGAUGAGACUGACAUGAAAGCUAUGGAAGAAAAUGUUAGAAAAAUUGAAAUGGAUGGUUUACUGUGGGGUGCUGCUAAACUAGUUCCUCUAGCUUACGGCAUUCACAAAUUACAAAUUUCCUGUGUUGUUGAAGACGAUAAGGUGUCCAUUGAUUUGCUUACUGAACAGUUAGAACAACUCGAAGAAUUUGUCCAAAGCGUUGAUAUUGCUGCCUUCAAUAAAAUCUAAGUACCUUCUACAAAAAUGAUAUGCUUACGAUGAUCAUGUUUAUACUUUAUAUAUUAAAUUUAUAGACAUUUUUGUCUGGUUUGAUAAAUAUAAUUUUAAUAGCA